CGAUGCCCUGCCACUCUCUUCCUCUCUGCUCCAAUCAUGCUUGGCUCAAGAGCAGAGCCGUUCAAAUCGCUGUGUUCCACCAGGGGUUAAAUCCGCCAGUGGUACCUCUCCCUUUCCUCGGCUGUGCCGCUGGAGCGUUGCCCGCUCUGUGGCUGCCUGCACGGUGGCGAAAUUCCCAGUCGCUGCUCGGGAAACCAAUUGUGCCAGUGAAGAAUGUGCCGGCUCAGCGAACCGAACUGGAGAGUGUGAGAGAGGAGAGAGCAAGCGAGCAUCAAGUGGAAGAAGGAGGACACGAUGUCCGACACCAAGGAGUGGGCCACGCUCAGCCCGGAGGAGUUCACCCAGCUGCAGAAGUACAUCGAUUAUACCAACAAGAAAGUGCAGGAUGUGCUUCAGGAAUUCUACGGAGAGGGGAUGUUGUCCAGGCACCUGCAGGGAGAUUCAAUAGACUUUGAGGGUUUCAAGCUCUUCCUAAAAACCUACUUGGAGGCAGAGGAGAUCUCCGAUGAACUGUGCCACCACCUCUUCAUGUCUUUCCAGACCACUGCAGGGCAGGAUGCAGCAGAACCAACGGCGGAGUCUGCCUGUGGUUUUGUUUGCGUCAAUGACGUCUCCUGUUACUUCUCGCUGCUGGAAGGUGGGAGGCCAGAGGACAAACUUGAAUUCACCUUCAAGCUCUACGACAAAGACAGCAACGGCCUGCUUGACAGUUCGGAGGUGGAUCGCAUUAUCACGCAGAUGAUGCGCGUGGCCGAGUAUCUGGAAUGGGAUGUCACUGAGCUUAAACCGAUCCUGCAGGAGAUGAUGCGAGAGAUUGACUAUGACGGCAGUGGCACCGUGUCUCUAUCCGAGUGGCUCCGUGGCGGUGCUACCACUGUCCCCCUUCUGGUGCUGCUGGGGCUGGAAGCUACCAUGAAAGAUGAUGGACAGCACUUAUGGCGCCUGAAGCACUUUAACCGCCCAGUUUACUGCAACGUGUGUGAGACACUUCUGUUGGGCUUGCGCAAGCAGGGACUGCGCUGCACCUUCUGCAAGUUCACCGUUCAUGAGCGCUGUGCCCGCAAGGCCCCACCAAGUUGUAUCAGCACUUACGCCAAGAGCCGCCGCGACACUAGCGCCCAAGCCCAUGUCUGGGUCAGAGGUGGUUGUGAUGGCAAUAAAUGUGACCGAUGCCAAAAGAAGAUCAAGAGUUUUCAAAGCCUGACAGGCAUGACCUGUGCCUGGUGCCAUCAGAAGAUCCAUGACGAGUGCCUGAAUCUCAUGUCUUCAGAGUGUGACUGCGGGAUCCUCAGGGACCAUAUUCUGCCACCUUCAGCAAUCUACCCUGUUGUUCUGGAGAGGCAGAACAGUCAGAAGAAUGGAGUCUGCGGGACCCCUUCAGAAGAGCCGCCUCAACCCUUCACCACCCCAGAGGGACAGGCAUUACGAAUCAUCCCAGUGCCUGACACUCACCCCUUGCUUGUCUUUGUCAACCCCAAGAGUGGUGGGAAACAGGGAGAGAGGGUGUUGCGGAAAUUCCAAUAUCUCCUUAACCCACGGCAGGUCUACAACUUACUGAAGGGGGGCCCUGGACCAGGGCUGAAUUUUUUCCGAGAUGUGCCAGAUUUCCGUAUCCUGGUUUGUGGUGGAGAUGGCACCGUGGGAUGGAUCCUGGAUGCCAUUGAUAAAGCGAAUCUUCCCAGUCGACCGCCAGUGGCUGUGCUGCCUCUGGGAACUGGCAACGAUCUGGCCCGCUGUCUUCGCUGGGGAGGCGGUUAUGACGGUGAAAAUCUGGUGAAGAUACUGAAAGAUAUUGAGGCCAGCAGCAUCCUGCAGAUGGAUCGCUGGUCAGUGCAGGUGAUGCCUGAUAACCCCCAGGAAAAGGGCGAUCCUGUUCCCUAUGAGAUCAUCAACAACUAUUUCUCUAUUGGUGUUGAUGCCUCGAUUGCACAUCGAUUCCACGUCAUGAGGGAGAAAUAUCCAGAGAAAUUUAACAGCAGGAUGAAGAACAAGCUCUGGUAUUUUGAGUUUGCCACGUCUGAGACCAUCUUUGCCACGUGCAAAAAGCUCAAGGAGUGUGUGUCUGUUGAGUGCUGCGGACAGCCCCUUGACCUCAGUGGAUCCCUUUCCGGAGUGGCUAUUCUCAACAUUCCCAGCAUGCACGGUGGCUCCAAUCUGUGGGGCGAGACCAAAAGACCCUUGGGGGAGGCAGCGGCCCGAAGCAUAGCAGGGGGGGCAGCCCAGCCCCAGGUGAUUACUGAUGCUGAAACUCUGAAGAACUGUGUGCAAGAUCUGAGUGACCGGCGCAUGGAGGUGGUCGGCUUGGAAGGCGUGAUUGAAAUGGGACAGAUCUACACAGGGCUGAAGAGUGCAGGCAAGCGUCUUGCAAAGUGCUCCGAAAUGACGCUGCGGACCUUGAAGCACCUACCCAUGCAAAUUGAUGGAGAACCUUGGAUGCAAGCACCGUGCACAAUCAAGAUAACCCACAAGAACCAGGCUCCGAUGCUCAUUGCCCCGCCUCCGCGAUCCUCCAGCUUCUUUGGCCUCAAGAAGGGACCGCAGGAGUCCUGAAGAUGCGUCAGUGUCUAUCGGGGAACAGCAGACUCUGCAGCAACUCCACCUCUGGGCCUGCGCUUGAGACGUCACGUGUCCUGCACCACUGAGGGGGAGGAAUCCUCCUCUGUCGUCGUCACACGAAAUCCAGCGAGCCAGAGAGCACUUCUUGCUGCCUCGUACACGACAAGGGGAUGGGCUGCAGCUUCUGCCGCACAGACCGGCCUUGCCAAUUCCCUCGCCUGGGGUGGGGGGGUCUCAAGACUCUCUGCCCCUUAGGCUUUGCAGUGCCCUUGUACCCAGUGUUGCCCCUUGGGCUGCCCAACUCUCCCGCCACUCUUCUCCCUUGUGGAUGCCAAAUCCUCCUUCACGGCCCGCCACACGGUCCCCUAAACGGCCAGCUCUCUCGCCCUUGUAAUCCUGCCCUUUGUAGAUUCCACCCCUCUGCACUUGAGGUAACUACUGAGAGACUGAGGCGUCACUGGCUGUUCUUCCGCACUUCUCCUGCCUCCCUUUUUAUUUAUUGCAUCUCCAUUCCGAGUCCUCCACUUACAGUUAUCAGAAGUGCCUCAGCAUAGUAAUAAAGGAUAGGGUUGUUUUUCUU